CUUCGCGCUAGACCAGCUUCUCGCAUCAAAGAUGGACAGGCUCCGAAGAGCUCCGAAGGCGCGCUGAUACGCUCCCCAGGCACCUUCGUUCCCAGUUGCACUCGCGUUACAUAUGCCGCUGGCAACCGAUCGGGCUAUAACACACCCACAGGCCCACUGGUCCUGCGCCGUGGCAGAGAUCCUUCCUCUCCGGAGCCGGGUUCAUCGACAUCAGCGCACACGUCCAGGCGCGCCAGAUCACUGCCAUCUCCUUCCGUUUCGUUUGUUCCCUUGCCCGCUUUUGGAUCGGGCUAUCGGUUAUUAGGUGCAUCGAGUGUGCCGCGCCUCUUCACGUCUCUCUUCCGUUUUCUGCCUUCUUCUUGUGGGCUUGAACCGCCGUGCGGAAGGGAUAACUGGGAUGUCGGCCCCUGCAGGCGUGGUAGUGGCUAUUCCGCUACCACCUGGCAUGACGCUGUCGCAGCUUGAGGAGCUACACAGGCAGCUUUAUUCCAUUGCGAUCACCGCUCUCGUCGCCUUCGCUCUUAUAUGUUGGGACUAUCUGCUUCUCGUGCGUCAAGAAUGGCGGUUAUACCGGACGGGUGGUAGGAAGUUGUGGACUGCGCCUGUAACAUACGCGUUCAUCGUGCUCCGGUACUCGCCCUUCGUCGCGACCGUCCCCUCCUUGUUCUACACACUCCUACAAACGAAACACUGCCAGACCGCGGUGACGGUCUCAGAGGCGGGCGUAGUGGCUGUCUCGCUGUCUUCCGGAUUCAUCUUCGCCUACCGGGUCAUCGCGAUCUGGGCAGGGAACAAGAUCGUGACGGGCAUCGUGAGCGUGUUGUACCUCAUGAUGGCGACCUGUUGGAUCGCCGUCGCCGCCCAGUAUCGCGUUUCCACCGGCCCGCCGACGUCGCUGUUCUCGAACUGCCAGUUUGAGGACCUCGUCUCCUGGGCGCCGAUCAGUUUCUUCUCCUCCGUCGUGUUCGACCUCGUCGUCUUCCUCCUUACUCUCGCCAAGCUCAAGAACCAGGACCUGAAGGAUUCACCCUACGGGCGCCGGGUGUACCUCGACAGCUUGCUGUACGUCGCCGCCACGGUUGGUGUGAACUUGAUGGUGGCAAUAGUGGAGGCGCUCCCGGCGCGGUAUAACCCCCUCAAGUCAAACGUCGUGCCGUUCUCCACCGUCAUCACUGUGAGAUUAUCCUUCUCCUCCCGGAGAUCCGUGGCCGGCGCUGAUGCGUGCGUUUGUGGAUCACAGGUGGCGAUGUCGCAGCGGGUGUACUUGCAUCUGAAGUUGUUCCACGCACGUCAACCGCGGGUGUUGGAUAAGCUCCGGGGCGCGUCGCAGUUCACGGGGAGCACGGGCAUGACGGGCUCGAGCUUUGCCGAGUUUAGCACGUACCUGCCGCCGUAUACGAACCCGUCGUGGGUGGCCCAGAACGACGACUGGGACGACCACGUCUUCAUCAUCGGAAAGCCGGGAUCAUGACACCGUUUCGAGUUUGGAAAAUUCACGACCUUGUUUUCCUAUUUCGCCUGGGGCACCCGUGUAUUACUACGGCACUUGUAGCUUUAGGUCGCAUGUUUGUUUGCUUUGGAAUGCUUUGCAUGCUCGCUCAAC